AUCCGUAGAGUGGACCCCGAAAUCGAGGUCUUGAAGGAACUCGACGAUAACAGGGCAAGCUAUGCCAUUCUUUCGCAUCGCUGGGGAACUGAAGUCACUUACGAUGAGAUGACUGGUCUCGCGGUAAUGGGGACACGACAGAGGGACAAAAUUAGGCAGCGCGACGGUUACCAGAAGAUCAUCAAGAGUUGCGAACAGGCCAACAACGACGGUUACUCAUGGUUGUGGAUCGAUACGUGUUGCAUUGACAAGCGAAGCAGUGCAGAACUCUCAGAAGCAAUCAAUUCAAUGUAUCGAUGGUACCGCAAUUCACAGAUGUGCUACGUGUACCUCAACGAUGUCGACGACUCAGCCUUUCCUACUGAACCGGAUUUUGGCAAGUUUUGCAGGUCCAAGUGGUUCUCGCGAGGCUGGACACUCCAGGAGCUCAUUGCUCCGAGGGAACUCGAAUUUUUCAACAAAAGCUGGGUACCCAUAGGGAACAAACAGGAUCUGACAUCCACCUUAGAAGGCAUUGCGCGAAUUCCGGAGAAGGUAUUGAGGAGCGAACAGGUUUUGAGGUCUUGGGAACGUCCAAGCGUCGCUCAGAUUAUGUCUUGGGCCGCUGACCGGAGAACGACACGAAUGGAAGAUCGAGCGUAUUCACUGAUGGGACUAUUUGGCGUGAAUAUGCCAAUGCUGUACGGAGAGGGUUUGAAAGCAUUUCAGCGGUUACAACUAGAAAUCAUCCGGACGGCGUCGAGCGAUUGCAGCAUAUUUGCAUGGAACCUCAAGGGACAGUUUGAGUUGCAUAAAAGUGUUCUUGCAGAUGACCCGAGCUGCUUCCGGGGCUGUCGCGACAUCGAAAAAGUGGAUCCCCGUUGGUUCGUUAAUGAACUAGAGGAAUAUUUGCGCCAGAACAGACUUAACGUGGAUGCCAAUCGGGUCGAACUCGAAUCAUUGCUUCGUGAUGUGUGUUCCCCUCUACUUUCCAAAUUCGAUGUCAGCAAUCUAGGCAUCCAAGUAUCGUUGCCAGUCGUACCCAUUGACCACGGUGACUCUGACUCUUACCUCACGGCCGUAUUGCCAUGUCGCGACCGCUAUGGAGACUUGUGGCGAGCCUCAGAAAAACAGCUGGGCGAUUAUUGUGGCGAACAUUUCGUUUUCGAACGUCGCGGGAACAUAUUCGAAGAUAUGCGGGAACUCGGUAUCGACCCCACGGAUUCACUUUACUGCCCAGUCGUCUCUUGUGUAUCCAGUUGCAAACGUCGGCCGCGUCGCAUGCAGAUUCAGGAUGACGCUGCCGUGUCACGCAACGCCAUGGGCAAAAAUCUGGCCCUGUAUCAACCCAAGAGUCUCUCGCUUCCGAACAACGAAGCAUUCGAGCUGCUGCUGAGAGCCUUGUCGGCACGUCUUGCAGGCAACCGUCUCGUGACAACAGUUAUACAAUGCUCAGAUUUCUACGAAGUGGAUGAUGAGGGAAGACGGUGGGGCUUGAAAGGUGCAUCGCAGGGCGAUAGUCGGUCCGCAGAACCAGAUACCUUCACCCCCCUACGCAUCAUUUCAAGACCACUAGCGUGGCAUAGGGAACCGGCUUGUGCCCGGAGAAGGCAGCAAUUCAAAAACAUCAGGUGAUCCAUUUGCGGUGUUGUGUAAUGUCACUGAUAAUAUGUUCGAAAUGUAGUGAACAUUUUUACACCUUAGCGAAUCUGGUACUUGCUCCUAUCAGCCAGGCUGCGAACGCUGAAUUUUGUCUAACCCAUCUUAUUAUUUGCAGCA